GUUGUCAUUAACGGGACCGACAUCGAGUCGCAGGCAAGGCCCAUUAACCCGUUGAACUAACAGCGAGCUCAAAGAGCUGCACAAGACCACUCGAGCGAAAAAUCCAACGCUCGAAAUUUACUUGAACACCCAAUCAUGGCGCCGUUCACAAAACCCGAGGCCGUCCUCAAGCAGGCAGAGGGCCUCGUCUCUGUUGGCCAGUCUCAUGCAGCUCUUCAGUCGCUCGUAGAGAUGUUCUCCUCAAAACGCUUUCGCUCGACACCACUCACUACGCUCGAGCCAAUCGUGAUCCGUUUCGUCGAGCUUUGCGUCGACAUGCGCAAAGGUCGCACUGCCAAAGAGGGUCUUAUGCAAUAUAAAAAUAUCGCUCAGAAUACGAGCGUUGGAAGCAUCGAGGUUGUCAUCAACCGUUUUAUUCAGCUCUCAGAUGCGAAGGUCCACGAGGCACAAGAGAAAGCAGACAAGGUCACUGGACCUGUUGAUGUCGACGAUCUUGAGGCAAGUGAAACACCUGAGAGCAUUCUGCUGGGCGCAGUUAGUGGAGACCAGAGCAAGGACCGCACGGAUCGUGCACUCGUCACACCCUGGCUCAAAUUCCUGUGGGAGAGUUAUCGUACAUCACUCGAAACUCUCAAGAACAAUGCUCGGCUGGAAGCCAUCUAUCAGCAAGUUGCGCAGCAAGCUUUCCGCUUCUGCUUAAAGCACCAACGGAAAGUCGAGUUUCGGAGACUUUGUGAAACUCUCCGAUUGCACCUUUCUAAUGUCGCAAAAUAUGCGCAUCAAACGCACGCGAUCAACUUAUCGGAUCCGGAGACUCUGCAACAUCAUCUUGACACGCGGUUCGCCCAGCUAAACACUUCUGUCGAGCUCGAGCUUUGGCAGGAGGCGUUCCGCAGUGUCGAGGAUGUGCACAAUCUGCUCACAAUGGCAAAAAAGGCUCCCCGCCCAGCGAUGAUGGCAAACUAUUAUGAGAAGUUGACCAAGAUUUUCUUGAUGAGCGGAAACGCUCUCUAUCACGCCGCUGCAUGGGGUCGAUAUCAUGCGAUUGUUACCAGCAUCGGGGGAAAGAGCGAGGAGGAGAUGGCAAAGCUCGCGAGCCAGGUACUUGUCAGUACCUUGGCUGUUCCCGUUGGCCUGCAGGGUGAUGAUGAGGAUGGCAAAGGCAAAUCAUCGCGCCUCACUGCUCUUCUUGGUCUCACCAAAGCGCCCACUCGCGCUGGGCUGCUCAAGGAUGCCCUUUCCCGUGACGUUCUCCGUCUUUCCCCAGCACCUAUCAAGUCCCUGUACACGCUCCUCGAAGCAUCAUUUGACCCCUUGACGCUUUGCUCCUCUACUGCCCCGCUUCUCGCAGAGCUGUGUGCGCCAGAUACACCAUACUCAGGCUACCGCCCCCUUCUGGAACGUGCACUACUCUCCCGCUUGCUCGCACAACUCUCUCAAAUUUAUUCCACUCUCACUAUCUCCUCGCUCCUCGACCUCGUCGCACCCCUUGAGGACCUCGGCCCAGAGCAGGUAGAGGCGUUCCUCAUGGGCUGUGCACGCCGUGGCGAGCGCAGCGUACAUGUUGACCACGCCACCGGCACAAUCACCUUCAUUGAUGAGGGCUUUGUACUCAGCUCCGAGGACCCCGUUUCGUCUACGAGCACCAGCACAGAGACGAGCAUCCAGCCCAGCGCCGCAGACCUGGUACGCACACGGCUGAGCACGCUUGCGGUCACACUGCACAAUUCCCUUGCGGUGCUGUACCCCCCGCCUAAACUCUCCCCCGAGGAAGAAGAAGCUGCGCAGCAGGCCAAGUUUGCGGAGCUGGUCGCGGCUGCGAACGCUGAACGACAUGCGUUGUCGCUUCGCCGUGCACUUGUUGCGCGCCGUCGUGAGCUCCUCUCUGAGCUCUCCGCUCGCAAGGAGAAGGAGGAAGCUAGCCGGCGUGCUGAGACAACACGGCGCGAGAAGGAUGAGGAGGUACGGCGGGCGAAGAUUGAUAUGGCGAAGAAGGAGCGCGAGCGUGCACAGAAGGAGGUAGAGAGCAUUCGUGCGGAGGAAGCGAAGAAGCUCGCCCAGACGCUGAUCAAGAAGGGCAACUUAAAGGUGUCGGUGGGCGAAAUGGAAGAUAUGUCGACGGACUCACUCAUGCGCAUGCAAGUUGAACAGCUCGAGCGCGAGAAGAAGGAGCUCAAUCAACGCUUACGCACUGCUGCAAAGCGGAUCGACCACAUCGAGCGUGCAUACCGCAAGGAAGAGCAGCCGCUGCAUACGCAGGACUAUACGGAGCAGCAAGCCACCGACCGUGCAAUAUUCGAAACCCUUCAACGUUCGCGCAUUGAGGGCGCUCGUCAGGCAUUCCAGGAGGACAUCACGACCAAGAAGCGCCUGAGUCGCAUGAUACAGGAUUAUCAACGGAGGAAGGAGCUCAUUAUUGCGCAACGGAGUGAAGAGCACACGGCUAAGCUUGCGGAGUCGCGCAAGAGGAUCGAAGAGGAGAAAGAGAAGAGGAGGGCUGCACAUCAGAAACAGAAAGAUGAAGAGGAACGAGAGCGUCUGGAGGCUGAGAGAAUCCGCAGAGAACAGGAGGAAGAAGAGGUUCGACUGGAAGCUGUUUCUUCAGAGCGGCGCGCAGCCGAGGAAGAGGCCGCAGCCAAGGAACAGGAAGAGAAAGAGAAAGCUGCCGAAGCACGCAGACAACGGGAUGAAGAGCGUGCCAAGAUUCAAGAAGAAGUUAGGAAACGUGCUGAGCGCGAAGCUGAAGCUGAAGCACAUGCUGCUCAACGCCGCGCAGAGCAGCGUAACCCACCAGCACAACCAGCGCCGUCCCAAACUUGGCGGCGUGGAGGAGCGCCAUCUGCGCCCGCACGUGCUACCGCUCUAGCCACUCCACCACGGGCUGAAAGCCCUUUGCCAGCUGCUGCUGCUGCUCCUGCCGCGGGCGCCUACCGACCUGGUGCAUUCGGUGGCACCGGAGGAGGCUGGAGAGACCGCCAAGCGGUGAGACCUACUACUGGUACCGCACCUGUUCAGACUGCAUCUCCCGUCCCUCCUGCCCCUCCUGCAUCCCGUAAUCCUGCGCCGCCUGAAUCAAGAAAUAAUGAUGAUGGAUUCGAAAUUGUUCCGGCGAAGGGGACAGGAGUGUGGAAACCUCGGAGACUUCAAGGCCAGGCGUAG